AUGCCUGGUAAUAGUAAAAAGCCAAAACAAGUCAGAUUUGGGGUGACAACUACCAUCUACCCACCCUCAUCUCGUACGCCGUCGCCGAGUAUUCCAAGCAGACCCUCUACUCCCAAAAAUCCAGAAACAACGGACUCAAGACCGAACAAGUCAGGAUAUGCACCCGAAGGGUCGCCACCUCAAAGAGAGUCUUUCCACCCUGGCGUCCCAAAAAAUCACCCCAAGACUGUACCGAAUGAGAGCCCAAUCUCGCAAGGCCAACGAGCAGACAGCUCCAACUGGGACGAUUCUCAUAAUACCUCAGGCAUGGCUACCACAUGCGGCAAUACAUCUCGACUAAAUAUUACAGAUCCAGCUGCGACAUCCAUUCAAGGGAAUGGGGCUUCAAGCCCCUGGAGCUCUAGCCAAAAUGUGAUAGUGCUUUGAGGAGUGGCAGCCAACAUGGCCACAAUAGACACAAGGACUUAGGUGUUAAUAAUGUUGCUAAAGCAGCUUCUGUCGAGGAAUCGCCGGAAGUACAUAAGGACUACUUGGCAAAGUUAUCAGACCCAUUUAAUGUAAAGUGGAAGCUCGAAGAGUAG